AUGAAUGGGAGUACUGACAUGAUUCCGAUUGUUUGUGAAUUUUCGGAUGUUUUUUCGGAAGAAUUGCCGGGGGAGUUAGUAGACCGUGAAAUCGAGUUUACAAUUGAAGUGGCACCGGGAACUCAACCCAUUUCUAAGAGUCCAUGUAGAAUGUCACCAGUUGAAAUGAAAGAAUUGAAGGUUCAGUUGCAAGAUUUGCUUGAUAAGGGGGGUUCAUUCGCCCAAGUGUCUCUCCAUGGGGUUAAAGCUGAUGGUGUUGAGAAGACAACUUUUCGAACCCGGUACGGUCAUUAUGAAUUUAUGGUUAUGCCCUUUGGAGUUACUAACGCACCAACAGCGUUUAUGGAUUUGAUGAAUCGUGUUUUCAAGCCCUAUUUGGAUGAGUUUCUAGUGAAACUGUAUGCAAAGCUGAAGAAAUGUGAAUUCUGGCUACAUGAGGUGGAAUUUUUGGGGCAUGUAAUAACAAAGGAAGGAGUCUCUGUUGAUCCACACAAAAUUGAGGCGAUCGUGAAUUGGCCAACUCCUACCAAUGAAACUGAGAUAUGGCGGCAUUAUCUGUAUAGGACUACCUGUGAAGCUUAUACUGAUCAUAAGAGCCUCAAGUACCUUUUUACGCAGAAGGAGUUGAAUAUGCAACAUCGACGGUGGUUGAAACUUAUUAAGGCUUACGAUUUGCAGAUCCAUGACCAUCCUGGUAAGGCCAAUACAGUUGUAGACGCACUAAGCCGGAAAGGCAAGGGGAAUAUGGCAAAUUUACUUACAGAACAAAGAGAGUUAUUGGCUGAAUUGGAUAAAAUGAGUAUAAACCUUAUGGUGCAUGGACGGGAGGCCAUAGUAGCAGCAAUGAUGGCCCAACCGACAUUAAUUGAAGAAAUCAAACUACCUCAGAUAGAGGAUGAAACUCUGAAGAGGAUAUGUGUUGAGCUAGAGACAAAACCAAGAUCGGGAUUCAAUUUGAUGAAUUUAGGAAGUUGGGAAACUCAUCUACCGUUGGUAGAGUUCGCAUAUAAUAACAGCUACCAUUCGAGUAUUGGAAUGGCACCCUAUGAGGCUCUGUAUGGAAAACCAUGUCGUUCCCCCGUGUGUUGGGCCGAAGUUGGAGAUAGGUCAUUGUUAGGGCCCGAAAUUGUUCAGUUGACAACUGAAAAGAUUAAAACUAUUCGGGGAAGAUUAAAAAUUGCUCAAAGCAAACAGAAGAGUUAUGCGGAUAAUGGAUGGAGGGAUUUGGAGUUUGAGGUAGGCAAUCAUGUUUUCGUGAAAGUCACUCCAAUGAAGGGGCACGCAAGAUUCAGAAAGAGGGGUAAGUUGACACCUCAAUAUAUUGGUCCAUUCCAAAUUCUGGAGAAAGUAGGUUCUGUGGCUUACCGAGUUGCUCUUCCUCCAAGUAUGAGUCAAGUGCAUAAUGUGUUUCACAUUUCUAUGCUCCGAAGUUACCUUCUGGAUCCGUCUCAUAUCAUAGACUAUCAUAUCGUUACACUUGAUGACAAAUUAACCUAUAAAGUAAAGCCAAUUCAAAUUCUGGAUCGGCAACUGAAACAACUACGGAACCAACAGAUUCCGAUCGUGAAAAUCGAAUGGUAG